UUUCGCCGCGAUGUGAUUUCCGCGGGCGCGAAUGAUCUGUGCGGAUUAUAUAAGUUGAUAAAGGUUCACGUACCUUGUUGAAAAUCCUUCUCAACCGCCAGCCAACGGGACCCCACGGAUCCCUAGGCGGUCUAGUAGGGUCCAGAUAUUUUGUUUUGUUUUUAUGUGCGGUGGCUUAGUCUGCAUUUAAGUGGCUUAGUUUUGAGGCCUUGGCGAAUCGCUUGAUGUGAAAGUGCCAGAGGAAAGUGUUUCGUCUUCGUCGUAGUCGUCGCUCGGCUGUGGAUGCUUCUUCUCCUUCUCCUCCAGGUUUUCUGGCUUUUCGCAAUGCCGGCCGACCAAAUUCAAUACUCAGAGAAGUACUUCGACGACAAAUUUGAAUACAGGCAUGUUAUCCUGCCACCGGAUUUGGCCAAACAUGUGCCGAAGGCUCAUUUGAUGACCGAGACGGAGUGGCGCAACCUGGGCGUGCAGCAGAGCCCCGGCUGGGUGCACUACAUGGUCCACGCUCCGGAGCCUCAUGUGAUUCUAUUCCGACGCAAACGCAUUCCGGCGGAGGACGCUCCACAGGUGGCAGCCGCUAAUGCGGCUCAGGCCAUCGCGAAUCUCUGCGGUUAGGCGGAGGAUGCCAUGCCGCCAAGGAACGCUCUUCCAAGGACGCACUCGUCAAUGCUCACGCAGUAUUUCAUAAGUUAGCAUCAGACAGCCUGAUGUAAAAUUAGAAACCAUAGCUUUAGUGUUCAGCUGGCAAGUUCAAAGACACGAAACGAACUGAAGACAUCGUUUCUGUUAAUUUCAUUAUGUUUAUUUACCUAAAAUACAAAUCAAAGCGUACGCCCUGUGUACAGACAGUUUAAAA